AUGUCGACCUCAACUACUGCUGCUGUUCCCUCUAAGAGCCAGGCGGAUAAUGCCACUCACCACAAGGAACUUUGUGGUCUCAUCAACUGCUCGGAGGAGACACUCACCAAUGGCCGUCCCUCUAUGGACGACCAACUCGACGCCAAGAUAGAAAACGCCAUCAAGGCCCUCCGUCAGACUCGCGACGCUAUGGAUGAAAUGCCCUACCCCCUCUCCACCAGCGAACUCUCAGAUCUGGUUUGCCAAGCCAGAAAAAUCACUCGCAAGAUGUCUUUCGUUGUCCGUCGCCAUUUCGACGCCAGGGAGGAAGGCAUUCGCCUCCGAUGCGAGCGGGAAGUGUUGGCACUCGGCAAGCAAGAGGGCUUGAUGAAGUACUUCACCAAGCAGGUUUCCACCGCCUGCGAGACAGCCCGUCUCACUGCCAAUACCAGCCAACGCGACAAGCGACUCCAGCUACUUGAAGAUGCGAUGGCCAAGGUCGACAUGCAUCGAAUGCUUGCCCUGUUGGCAGAAGGCAAUGGCGUCCAAUAUUAA